AUGGUAUGUAAGCGGGCUGUGGAGUAUUUGCAAGAGUUCUUAUCUGCGAACUCCUUGGGUCCUGCACCGUGGUGCGCGAGUUCAUUGGUUGCAGAAGCCUUGGCAAUUAGGCAGGGUAUUUUGUUGGGAUCUCAACUCAGUUUGGGGUCUGUUAUUUUGGAGAGUGAUGCUCAAUUGCUCAUGAAUAUGCUCAAUGGUCAGGCUGCAGUUAGUCAAGAGGUGGAAGUCGUUACUCAUGAUGUUCAGGUUUUGAGUAAUAAUUUUCAUUGUUGCAGUUUUUCCUUUGUUCGUAGGACCGUUAAUAAUGUUGCUCAUGUUUUAGCUGAUGAAGGUUUUUGUGGUUUGGGGUAUAGUUGUUGGACUGAGUCCCCUCCGUUGUGGUUGCUUGAUCCUCUUUCUAGGGACGAGUCUUCCGUUUGA